GAGGGCCAGGUGGACGCGGCCGGGGGUGCGGACGUUAACGUAGUCGGGCCCCGGCAGCGUACCCCGGUGGUCCCGGUCGCCGAGUCGAGGGAGGCGUGUCUAGGUUAGGACAGGAACAUCGGGUGGACGAUGGUACCCAGGGGUUGCGGCGGGCGAAGCGGGCGUUGACCGGCCCCGACGGCGAGUACCGGGGUGGUACCGGGCCUCCAGGAUGAAGAGGACACCGCUCUCGGGGAGGAUCGCGACCGGGCGUGCACCGGCAGUCGACCGCUGGGGAACUCGCCGGGGGUCCUGAGCGUGGAUGCCGAGACCGGGAGAGGAGCGGAGUGCCGGAAGAGCGGAUCAACGGAGAAGAGGACCAGGAGGAGGGUGGUCCGGAGGAGGGACUCCCGAGGCGCACCAGCUCCCUAGCUCCAGAGGACGUGGCACCAGCGGCGGAUGAUGUGGGCGUCUCUACUUUUGGCCGGGAUCUUAAGCGGUUGGUGGGGCCCUCUCGCGAUCGGGGCGACGAGCCCCGCCAAGCCGGCCCUGCCGACGGCGGCGACCGGGGUGGACUCGGUGACGACCCCCCACGAGGAGGCCUCGCCGGUUUUCGGGAGGACCCUGCCGGUCGCCCCGUCGACGACGCGCCGGUACGCGAAGGAACCCGCGGAAGAGGAGGAAUCCUCGUCGACUAAGGAGGAUCCGGAGGAUCCGAAACCGCCCCGCUACCAUCGGAUCAACGGACCCAGGGCGACGUCCUGGAGGCAAUCGGAACUGUUCGAGGACUUGUACGCGGAGACGCGGUCGAGGACGGCCAACCGGGAGGCGUCGAGUCGGAGAACCGAGGCCAUGGAAUCGGGGCACGCGGUCGACCCGGGGAACCGCCAAUGGACGACCCCCACCGGCUUGGAAUCCGCACCCGAAGACCAGGGACCCUACGCGUGGAUGAAGACUCACCCGGACGCGCCGAUCAGGGAAGUGAACCCGGACCGGGAUCCCUUCCCCCGCCAGCGUCCAUCGGGGGAGCUCGCUGGAGUCACCCCUUUCAGCCCUGAUCCCUCCCCCGGGAGGCAGGGUACCCCUCGCGACUACACCUAUCUGGACGCUCUGAUCAUCGAGAACGACAGGGACUGGAGAACGGUCACCGGGAGUCGGCAGACUCGGGUCACCGUCCCCGGGAGCUCGAUGUUCACCUCGGAGAACGACGACCCGACCCCCCUGGUCACCAGGAACGGGGAAAACCUCGACACCGUGGCCGGGGGACUGCCGCAUUUGGAUGAACCGGUCACCCGGAGGGAACCUUUUGCCCCCAAGGGCCUGGGGACCCUACCCGACACCUUCUCGACGAUGUACCCCACGCUGGCCCAAUCCCUUCUCACUCGCGACCCUGGUCACUCCUCUAGCCAGGACCCUCUGAUCGGGACCGAGUCCUCCGUGGAACGCCCUAGGGUCCCCAGGUCGGUCCAUCCUCGGAGGCCCAAGGUUCGCACCAAGGCGGAGUCCCCUAGGGAGCAACGACGGCGAUGCCGCGACAGAGGGUGCCGGGGACGCAACUGGUGCCCCGACAUGGACGUCGGGAACCGCGCCUACAUCGCACCCACCGUCUUCGAGGGCAAGGCGCGCAGCAUGUCCUCCUUCAGGAAACCGGGCUCGAAUUACGCCGUAACCUUCGAGGUCAAGCAGGUCUACAAGAGCCAGCCAGGGUUCCUGCCCCUCCAGAAGAACGACAGCGUUCGCCUCCACUUCCGCGACAAGGCCGGCCCCGGCAAGUCGACCUUGUGCGCUCAGGAGGCCGCUGCUCCACAGCGCGACAAUAGUGGGGUCGUGCGCGCCAACAUCAAGCGGGGUAAAGUGUACUUAGUGUUUGUGAACCGCGUGGGACCCAGGAACUUCACCAUUUUGGGAGAGCCCGUGAUUCGCAGCAAGAAGAACGAACAGGCGGUACAGGCCGUCGUCAGACCGGACUACGUGCGGGAGGUGACGCUAUCGGAGCUGAGAGACUCCGUAGCGAGGUUACGAGACCGCGUAAAGCUGGUCUGCAGGACGAGAGGGUCGCCACCUCCCAGAGUGCAUUGGCUCAAAGAUGGCGUGUCUCUGCAGCCCCGACGGGGUCUAAGGAUCCAGCACAAACGACGGAGAUCGAAAGUAGUGAUAUCGUCCGCCAGGGUGGAGGACAGCGGGAGGUACGAGUGCGUCGCCGAGAGCACCUCCGGACACAGGGCGUCCCUGGCAGCCCAACUUCUAGUCGCUCAUGAUACCAGGAUACCAGAGACCACGACGGCAGCGUGGCUGAGGCAGGAGCAGCCAUGUCCGAUAGCAGGUGACUUUUGCAUGAACGGCGGGACCUGCCUGUUUUUCGAGACUGUUGGCGAGCCAGCCUGCAGAUGCGCGGAGGGAUUCACGGGUCUGCGCUGCGAAACGAAGGACGUCAUCAGCACCGGAAGUGUGUACAACCGCCAUAGGGCGCCAUUCUCAUGCAAGCUGGGACUCUCCACCUCGUACUACUGCUAGCGAUAAUUAAACGGGGCCCAAAUAAGUCGAGAGCUUAUAUGGUGAACCCCCACCCGGGAAGCUACGCCCCCGUCACAUCAGCCCUCGUCUCUCUUAAGGGGUUACACCGUGACGAGUGUCCGAAAAUGAUCGUCGAAUUUCCAGCGAUUUUUUUUAAACGGAAAUAAGGACUUCUAGAUACGCUUACCACCGGGGAUUUGUUAAACCAGGAUGAAAUCUCGCGUAAAGAUAUUUUCCUUUCCAUUUUCAUAUAUCCAAGAUGGCGGCCGUGGGGCAAUUUCGCUGCAGCGCCAUCUCAGGCGUCUCUCGCGAUGGCGUAGUUAAUAAGCAGAAUUUCCGAGCUGGAACGAAAAGCCAAAGAUAUUUCAAUUCUAAUUGACAUUUGUCAGACAAGAUUCUCUGUAGAAUUAUGCUUU